AUGCGCGCCGUCAUCAACACCGUCACGGUUGUGGCUCUCGUGUCCGCAGCUACUGCCCAGUACACUCUCCUGGACAGGGAUGUGCCCUAUAUCGGUGGCAACGUGUUCCAGUCUAACGAUACGGCUGUUGCCAACUACCCCUUCUCCUACACUCCUCCCUUCUUGCCGGAGCAGUAUGGCGGCUACUACUUCUGGUCGGUGAACAACAACACUGUCAGCGGUUCCAACUUCACCGGAUACGGUCCGACAGAGGGCUACCACCUUCCGUCCGGUGCGACCGGCAAGUUCCCCUUUUUCCAGGUUAGCGAGGGCAACCCCAAGGCUAUCAACAGCUCCAAGCUCUUCGCUACUUGCAACUCGUCUUCGGGUAGUUCCUGCACGACCACGCAGUGUGAGGGCAAAUUCAAGAAGAUCUUACACAUCGUCUUUGAGAACGAGGCCUACGAGUGGACUAUGGGCCAGGCCUACUGGCAGUUGCUGGCUACCCGUGGCAAGCUACUAACCCGUGCCUACGCUAUUACCCACCCGUCCCUGCCCAACUAUGCUGCCCUAGUCGCGGGUGACUUCUUCGGUAUGGCUGAUGAGGACUUUUACAAUGUGAAUGCCACCAGCAUCUAUGACCUUCUGGAGGCUAAGGGUAUUUCCUAUGGCACCUACGCCGAGUGGUACAACCCUAUCGCUACGCGCCGUGGUGCGAACGACUGCAAUAAUUAUAUCUACAAUGGGCCUAUAGACAACACCAACCCCACCUGGUGGGCUCAGGUAUACCGCCGCCUAGACGUCCCAGCCCUGCUCUUCAGCACCUAUACUGCCAAUUACGAGCGCUGCAGCAAGAUCUACGGUGCUAAUAACACCUUCGCCGACCACGUCAAGUCACACACUCUGCCGGAGUACUCGUUCUACGUGCCCGACAUGCUGCAUAACGCCCACGACCCUACCUCCGACAGCAACUACUUCAACCAGCCGAACACCGGUGCCGAGUGGCUCAACGCCUUCCUGGAUCUGUACUUGCCUGAGCUGGAAGCCCAAGGCACACUGGUCGUCGCUACCUUCGAUGAGGCCACCUGGUGGAACGACAACGACGACACCCCCAACAACGACAACCAUAUUACCACUAUCCUGUUCGGUGCCGGCGUCACCCCCAACACUACCGACGACAGCUACAUCACCCUGUACGGUAUGCUGCGCGGUUCAAUCCAGAACUUUGGUCUGGGCUCUCUUGGCCGUAACGACACCAACACCACCAACGGUAACCUGUUUGACCUGAUCGACUACUACUCUUGCGCAAACACGAACACAAACCAAACAACCCAGUACUCCACUGGAUAUCUGUCUGUGGACCUCGCACGAAUCCUCCCGCAUGCCGCAAUUGGUACCAUUCUCGCAUCGUGGCUUUUCUUUUAG